CGCUGCGCCGCACAGCCCCACGCACAGACGCCGGCCGCUGCCUGCUCCUCGCGCCCCGCUUCCCGCGCCUCGCUGCUGACGCGCCGCCGCACGUUGGAGCAAUCGUUGGAGCUGCAAACGGCAUGAAUAACACCACUAUCUCGAAGAAUUUCGGCAAAAUCAUCAUAUACAAAAUGAUCCUGGGAAGCCAGCAUAAUGAUAUGACCGUAGCGGCUGCUCGCGACAGUCUCUGCGCACACUACAAGCAACUUGAGCCGGUGUGCCGCGGGUCUCUGCUGCCUGCCGUGUACCGCGCGGCUCUCGCGCACUCUGCCGGCCGCCACCGGCAUCGUAACCACGACCACUCCAGGGAGGCUAUCCUCUACGUCGUUGUGGUGAUGGUGUUCUACGCGGUGAUUAUCGUGCUGCUGGUGGGGACCAACCUGCGGCGUUGCCGCUCACGGCCGCGUGCCAAUGCCGCGCCUCCCGGAGCGCUGGUGGUGACUCUGGCCGGGAGUCGCGGGGGCGGCGGGGGAGGGCGCGUGCUGACGGCGAUGGCCGCCAAGCACCCCAGCAGUGCCGCCGCUGCCUCCGUCUAGUUCGUCGCUCCUCUGCUCACUGAAAAACAGCCCCGCUUCGUCCCCCUGUCUACCCACAACGUUCCAAAUUCUAAGUGUCUGUAACCGCAUUUAUAUUCGUGUCUCACCUUGUUGAAUACAUGUCUCACUACUGAAAGCGGUAACUACCGUAAGAAACAGGUGGUAUCUCAUUUCACGGAUGAAUGAAAGCCAGCCAUAGAUGAGAUCGUUAAUGCUGUAGUAUUCCAGCUUGAAAGAUGUGGGUGUAUCGCAACAGGUUUCACCGUAUUUAACUCAAUAUAUUGAGCUAAAAUAUGUUGCAAUCGGACGUUUGACCCAUUUCCUUUGACGGUAUUAUUCACGAAGCUGUGCAUCGCUCUCUUGGUUACCCAGUGGUCAGUACUUUUGAGUAAAGAAACUUAUUUUCAGCACCCAGGUUUUGCUGUCGAUCAUCUGUGAUGGUUGAUUGGAAUGGAAAAUAACAGUCUUAAUGCUGAAUGGAGGUUUCUUGAGGGGACUGUUAGAAAUCAAAUCAUUCUACAUCUGGCAUUAAUGACCAUUAUGGGAAAAUUGCAAGUAUGUACGUGGGGUAAACUGAUCAUUAUGAGUGUUAUAGAACCUACACUAUUGCAUCUCUGAGGACGUCUUCGGAAAGCUAUAUUUUAUAUCAGCUGUUUCGUCAGGGUAAGAUAUAUUAUAUUUCUCAUGUGUAAGAGAUACACCUGCGCAUCUUGUAAGACUUCUGAAACAAUUCAUGCCACCAUUUCCAAACAAAUAUGCAAUUUUAAUGACGUAUAAUUUACGCGCUCCGCACGAUGUGGUGAUAUGAAAAACGACCAUAAACUACGAGCUGCCUCUGUGGAUUACGUUGUUGAGUAGUUCAGCACUCUCAAAUUUUGGUCUCAUCGUGUCAUGUCUCAACACUGGAAGUAUAAGUAAUUGUUACAAACAUGAACAAAUGAACUGUAAUUAAUUACCUGUCAGUUUCUGGGAACAAAGGUCUCUAUGAUGACCCCCCCCCCCCCCCAUCCAAGUGUAACAUAAAGGUAUUCAUGAAACAAGGAGGUCAUUCGUUAAAUUUUUUGAAAGCAUAACACAAUCAGACAUGCCAUGUUACUUACCAAAGCCGUAGGUUGAAGAAAUAUUGUUUUUGUAGGAAUCAUAUAACUAUUUUUAAAUAUGUCUAAAUUUCAAACUCAUUGAGUCGGAUUAUUUAAAAUUUCUGUAAUAGAGUGCUACACUUUAGCGUUGAGCUUUGGGUCCUUCGUAUUUUUCACAUGUUUAUUAUAUCUCUUCGAACAUGAGUUCUUCGUGAUCUACUGAAUUUCGUUUACCGUAUGUAAAUAAUGAUUGGCAAGUUGACUGAUUGGCAACUACAAAUUGUCAUCAUGAAGAAAGCUACAUUUUCUAUGAAGAACCUGGUACGGGGUAUCCCAGUGUCGAAUUUACUGAUAUACAACCGGGGAAAUAUAUAACGUCAGUCACAAGUUUUUUCACUACAAUUAGAGAGGUAAUUCGGUUUUCUCGAGACACCAUGAAUGUGAUAGUGUGAUGUCACAGUUGGUUAUAUCUCCAAUGCGCUGGUGUGCACAUAAAAGUAAAACAUUAAAUAAGAUUUGCCGUUACGUCAACCCGAACUGUGCCAUUCCAAUUGGUGUUGAAUUUUAUAUGCCGAACUAAGUGAAACUAAGAUUUUAAUCAAGGACUGACCUUUGUAGAAAAUGUAAAGAAAUAGCAGUUAAAUUUCGUUAAGGGACUGUUCCGUUUAUUCAGGGUAGGAUACUUUAGCGUAGAAUACUUUAUGCGUUAUGAAUUAAAUAACUCACGAUACUUGUGAAAUGUUCUACAAUAUUAAACACUUAACCAGCCGGCUUUCGACUUUUAGACCAUCACGUUCAAAGAUAACUAUGUGUAUCUGUGAAUUUUGUGAGAUCAUAACUUUUUAAACAGAUACAUCCAAAUAGUCUCUCGGUUACCUGUCAAAGAUCACAGUUCUUAACGUUGUGGACGAGACUGAAGUGAGAUGAAUCACUGUUUACUGAAGUUUGCUCAAUUUAUUGUUCUCUGAACAACUGUUAUAAUUUACCAUGUAGUUUAUUGACGCAAUACGUUAUUUAUUUACUGUAAGCCAAUAUCACAAUUCCCUCUAAACAAUUCUGCUCACUUUUGUGUUAUAUCGAACGUUAAUAUUUGCCGUCUUUGACAGCCAACUGCAAACCCCAUCGGAUAAACCAUGUUGAAAAUUCUUAAUCUCAAAAAAUUUACACCUAAACACAUUUUUCUGUGAACCUAAUAACCUAAUAACAGACGAAGACCGUUUAGUUAAAUAACAAAUAUUUUAGGAUUUUACGCAGACGUUUUAUUUCUUUUAUUCAUUUCGAGCUAAAGUGUUUAUUUACUAAUAUUUUCGCUUCAAAUUUAUUUCACUUAAGUAAUUUAAAAGUUUUUUUAUUUAUUCUGUAGAUCUUUAACAUGAAAACAAUGCUGUUUUCGGUAAACGAAGUACUUAACUUCCAUUUAGACAGAAAUACAAGGACACAAUGUAUCAUAACGCUUCUGUAUAGUCUUAAGAGGAAACUUUUCGAUUUUCCCUCUUUUCUUGGGCGCGGAUCAAGGGUAGCCAUACAUCUUCUUCUAAGUAGUCACCUUGAAGGUGAUUAUACACUUAUCAGAUAAAACAAUAUUGCUGUCCAAGAUGGACGCUCCAAAUGUCAUAGAAUAUAUUGUGCACUGACAAAUUCAAGAUACCUAUGGUUUUGCAUUAUUUGCUUACCUAAGUGACAAGUAUAGCUAACAGACAAAAGAAGUUGUGCAUUCAAGUAUUACGCAUAACACGAAAUAGUCACAAAACAGAUUACAAGCUGACAGUCCGUAGUGGAAUAGAAAACUGUGAAUAUUAAAAUCAGUAAUAGAGAAAGUGACUCGAAAGUUUACAUUGUAGAGAACGUUCGUAGCUAUUGACAAAAUAGCAGAAAUGGCUUACGUAAUUACUGGAGUCAACGUGACAGGCCAUGUGGACCUUCAGUGUAGGAGGAGAACAUGUAGCUUUCCUCAAGUGCUUUCCAUAUGACAGGAAUUAAAGUGCACUGAAAGUAUGAGACUUAGGCGCUGCCUACAGCGCUUCGAGUCAAUGUGACUGGCCAUGUGGACCUUCAGUGUGAAAGGAGAAUAUUUGGCUUUGCUCAAGUGUUUUUCAUAUGAUAGAAAUUAGAGUGCGCUGAAAGUUUGAGACUUACGCGCUGUCUAAUGCGCUAACAAUGCGCUUCAAUGUAACAACCUAUUGAGAACGAGACUAUUCAGAUAAUUUCACGCAGGCGAAUGAAAACUUCCAACCAAACAUGUACGAUAAUAAAGUAAUAGACUAUCGACGAACCGGAACAUGAUUUCAGAACAUAUUUUAUAAACAGACAUGAUAGACGGCUACAGAAAAAGGAAACAAUAUAUCAGGCACUACCGAAAAAAAUUACAUUGAAAAUUAAAGAAAGUGUGACAUAAAGAGGAGAAAACCUGUGUUAUCAAGAGGCUAAUGACAGACCCAUGGAGGAAUGUACGAAGAAUGUGGCUGACUGAAGAAACAUCCGAACUAACUAGGAAAGGAACAAAAAUUGUAGUAAUAGAGUUUGGUACAUUUAAUUCAUAAAUGUAAGCGAAGAUGGGUAUUCAGGGUAGUAAAUGAUAUCUUGGUGUGUCCACAGUUUGGUAUAUACAGUCACGACACUUACUGCUUAAAAGUUGGUACCGUCUGACAGCUGGAGCGACAGCAGCGCACCUAGUGGCGAGAAAGGAUGCCGUCUGUGAUACGUGUCAUUAGAAUAACGUGUGUUUUCAGUUCCUUAUUGCGAAAUUGCUAGAAUAUUUUUGCGUCCUAAGCCUUAGCAAAAAUUGGAAAAACAUGGAUGAUCAUAAUAUAAAUGUAAAAAACGCGAACAGUCGUAAAUGAAUCGAGAUGUGCUAACUGCAACUUACGCGGAAACGAAAUACAUGUAUGUGGUAUUUCACGCGUUCAUUCUUCUGUUUAGUCAUUAGGACACCCAUUUUCCAUGUUAUUACUGUGUGUGGUAUGAAGCUUUCCAAUUAAGGAUAUAAGUAUGAUUGAAAUUUGUUAUAACGCUCAGAUUACACAGAUUCUCCGUCACUGCAUAACGACCAGCAGAAAACUGGGUGAGAAUAAUUUGUAAAAGAAUAAAAAAAACUGGUAAAUAAAGUAUAUGAAAUAUGUACCUAAUAAAUUAGCAGCCCAAAUGGGCAAUCUCAAUCCCUUUUUAUGUCUAGGAUCUAUUUUUUUUUUAAAAAUAAGGAUGCCAUUCUUCACCUGGUUUCUAUGAUCUCUUUGCUAGAUGUUCUUAUUGUGAUAGACACUUUCCUGUUCAAGUACCGAAUUUACAAAGAAUAGAUUGAUUGGCAAAUUCUUGCACUUCACUCCGUUUUAGAACACAGGAAAAAUUUUAUGUAUCCCUUGAACACAUGAGUCGCAGGACUCGAAAAUAAAUGAUAGGAUCUGUGAGACCCCUACCAAACAGAUAGAAAGUGCUAUUUAUUAUAACUUUUUUAUAAAAUGUAAUGUGUUUAGUGACAUCAAAUGAAUAAAAAAGUAUUUAUUACGAUAA